GUACGAACCUCAACCCAGGGAAAAGGAUUGUAGAGAUCGCCGUACACGGUUGUUCUAUCUUAGGAAAACAAAUCAACCCGUGGAAAAAUCAUCAAAAGCUCAGAGGCGUUGGAUUUAGACCGGAGAAACGCCGGCCUUUUAAGCUUUUCCUCAAGCUUUUUACCGACCCGUUCCACCGGGGCAAGAACCCUCUCAGAUGAAGGGUACAAACUAGGUUCAUCACUUGGCCUUUUUUUACCCGACUGACUUUUUCAACUUAAGCUUCCACUUAGGUUUUUCUGAAGGAAACAGUAAAAGUUCAAACGACGAAUUCAUAGGUCGUGAGGUUUGCUUAGAUGCUCACCUUACGACUAGUCUCGACUCACUUUUUGAAGCAACCAUAAAGAGUCAAUAUGUGCCGAGACAGGGAUAUGAACCCAUAGACGACACAUAGAAAAAAAGAGCUACAUACCACUUUCAAUAAUUUGGACAACACAUCCGAAUGAAGUUCAACCGAUAGAUAACGAUACUCACUAUUUUUACAUAAAUCUUUUGGGAGACCCUUCAAAUUUAAUGGUGACAUAGUUGAUGUGAUAAGUCAGUUUCUUUGACAUUGUAUAACAUCUUUGAUAUUAAAAUUAACAAAACAAACCAAGCUAAAAGGAAAUUAAAUGGACGUUAAUUCAAAUAUUUUUCAUCUGCUAUAUAUAAGUGUUAGUAUUCUUGGGAUUAUAAAUGUGCUCUAUUUUAAGAAAGUUAUUAAGUGUAAAGUGAUAUUCAGACUCAAAAGAAGAAUAAAUAAAACAACCAAUCUGUGGAACAUAGCUAAGGAGUGUAUUAUGCACUUGCAAUAGAACGUUAGCAAGUGUCGAAUAUUUAAUAAACAAAAGGCACAUCCAUCACAUCUUUUCUCCAUUUUUGACUCUCAUCCGUUAGUUAUAUUCAUCUCGCUCUCAUCAGCUUUUUGUUUGCCUCGCAACCUUCUCAUCAUCACGUCACAAAAGUGUGGGUGGGGUGGGGGACUGGGCUGCUGUGAAAUCAUGCGGAGGCCGAAUCUGUGCAGCAAUUCGAUCGGCGUGGCCGAGGACACUUAUAAGCCGGCCAACACGAACAUCCAGCCAAAGGAGGAAGGGAGGCUCAGUAUCGUAAGACGAGUUCUCGGAGGCAGUCGUAAAAAGGAUGGUAACGGCUCAACGACGUCGAAAAAUAGACAGUUCGGUGUACCUCUGUGCGACUUGCAACUUAACAACAAUUCUGUUCCAAAAGUUCUACAUCGUAUUUGUUUUUUCAUAGAGGCUCACGGGAUGAAAGUCGAAGGCUUGUUUCGUUUGACCAGUGGGAAUCAGACAAUGGUGGAAAAUCUGAAAAUGCAGUUCAACACAGAUCAGGAUUUUGAUCUCGAAGGGUGCAAUGAUGUCGCUUCCAUCGCCUUAUUGCUUAUUUCAUGGCUAAAAGAUUUACCAAAUCCUCUCUUCUCGCAAGAUACAAUUGGAGACCUUAUUUCAUUAAUGAAUAAAUACGAGGGCGAUACUUGGUGGGGACCUGUGUGUCACGAGUGCCUUGUAACUGCGGGAACGCUGCAGACCAACAUCCUCGAGACGAUCCUCCACGUGCUGUACAACUACACGAGCAGGCACCCGUCGUCCAUGUCUUAUAUCCCAGGCGUGUUCUGCCCGCUCUUGACCUGCCCAGAGUCAAAGGACAUCUCGUCGCCAGACGCCGUCAAGUUGACGACAAAGCUGAUUCAGGAUUACAAUAUAAUCUUCAGAAAAAGAAGUCUCGACACCAUCGGAAACGGCCGUACAGCAGUUAUAAUCUCAGAUUACAACACUUCACAGAAGCAGAGAAAGCGAAAAGAAAGGCAAGAUAGCUGCAACAGGCUGGAUAGAAAAUUUGUGAGAUCGAAUUCAGAGGAGAGGCCAGCGGUGAAUACUUCAUGCACUGGGAAUGCUAGAGCAGAGAGUAUGAGGAGGGUUAGCAGUCAUGAGGAUUUUUCAAAAACCAGGGCUAACGUCAAUAAAUCAUCCGAUACACCAUCUCAGUUGAGAAAGAUGGCGCUGCCAUUGCACGAGCGCAACUCCUGCUCGCCGCAAAGACAGCAUCCGCAGGAGAGCAUGCACCUUUCGUCUACCGUCGGCUACGCAAGCGACCUCUACGACGAGAACGAGCACGAGAGAAGGAGGAACAGCGAACGCUUCGCGCCUCAGAGGCACAGAAACGGUGUCCGGAUCAGGAGGAGGUCAAAGCAUCACCACUCCCAGGCUAAAGAAAAUGAAGCGUACGAGUUGAGGAAACCGUCAAAAAUUGAAAAUCUUCCAAUAACAAAAUGCUACAAUGAUAAAGAGGUCAAGCAGGAUAAAUAUGUUGAGAGGAUUAAGGAAGAAGAAGAAAUUGAAGAAGCAGAAGAAGAGGAAGAUGAUGAUGACAGGUCGCCAUCGCCAAUUUCCGGAGUCUGUUCUCCGACACUCGAUAUGACUCUUUUUUCACAGGAAAUGGGCGCCGAUCCAGUCCCUUCCAUGCCGUGGACUUCCAUUUCGCCUAGUGAAGAAAGACUAGUGUCACCGCGUAAUUCACUCAUUGUGAGCCGAAGGACAUUCACAGCAUCUUUGGCAGGACGCGGGAUCCUCGACGACGACCCUUCUCUUUUCGACAUUGCUACGCAGAUAAAUAACAUCAAGCGUAAAAUAAAGAAGUAUGAUGAAGGGUUCGAAAGAGAAUUUGGCCACAAGCCGUCGCACGCUGAGAAAAUAUCAAAUCCAGAUACAAAAAAAUUGUGCAUACAGUUGACAAAGCUAAAGAAACAAUUAAAAAGUGCAAAAGAGGAAUGCAUGAAGGCGAACAAUUGUGAGCGGAAGGCUUUGAAAGAGGAGGUAAUUCAGGAAAUAGAGAAGCGCCUCACUGAAAAAAGGGUGUCUGGCGGACGAGGAGACGAACUUGAGAUGAUGACGCACGAUCAGCUCGUGGAAGAGAAAGUCGCCAUACAGAAAGUCCUUCUUCAGCUCGAAGCCUCGUUCGGCCGGCCUUCUUCAAAAGAGGAACGAGACAUGGUCAGAAAUCUCUACGAUCGUUACCGAACUGUGAAACGCAUCCUUUUACGGCACGCUCCGUCGAAGUUAAAAGACAGUAUUUCCGAGCUGGGGACAAUAUUAGAGCACGAAGCUAUGGAUUUUACGGCUUCGUCGCCUCUGGUUUCUCCCGGGAAUUCAAACGCGGAAGAAGAGUCGCCUCCAGCCGAAAGAAAAACGCCUGAACCCAUCUUGGACAACCUCCACUCGUUGCCUCCAAAUGAACUUUUACAAUUGCAAAAAGUCACGCGCGAGGAGAAGAGAAGGCUUCAGCGUAACCUGCGCGAGUACGAACACGAAUUUCAGGUGAAAACCGGAAGGAGGUUUCAGAAGGAAGACCGCUGCCCUUACGAGCCGACUUACGUCAACUACAAGCAAGUCAAAGCUAAGCUGCGAUUCAUCGACGCCCUCGUCACAAAAAUAAAAUAAUUGCCGGACUUGUCCUAAAUCUUCUCGUUUUCUUCUAUCAAUCAGGGGUUUUUUUUUUUCUUCUUUCUUUAUUUUAUCAUUUAUAUUAUAUUUCAAAGAGGAGAAAAAAAAUUAUAACGAGAUAGUUUUUUAAAGAAAGACAGACUCUUAGGAGAUUCAUAUAGACUUUUUAGCACAUUUUAGGC